CAGUCUAUAGUGCUUUCUUCCGUGCGACCCGCUUCCGGCGGGGCAAGGGCGUCUCCCAGCGGCCUGGCCCCUGCUCCUCCGCACCUAGGGCAGCGGCCAGAUGCAGGCAGACCGAGGAGCUCGAGGCGGCCCUGGUCGCCGGUCUGGCCGCAACCGGCCCAGCGGGGACCGGGAUCGGGAUCGGGCAGGAGCCGCGGUGGUGGUGGAGAGAGGAGGUGGCGGGGACGGAGGUGGCCGCCGAGGCCGCGGUCGGGGAUUCCGCGGGGGCCGUGGAGGCCGUGGUGGAGGCGCUCAGCGGGGCGGCCGCCGGGAGCCAGGAGGCCGGGGCGCCGGUGCCAGAGUGCCGGUCGAAGAUGACAGUGAUGCAGAGACCCAUGGAGAGGAGAAUGAUGAACAGGGAAAUUAUUCUAAAAGAAAGAUCGUCUCUAACUGGGAUCGAUAUCAAGACACCGACAAGGGUGGCGAUGAUGAAAGUGGAGAGUCUCAGAGGGGGACAGAUUUCAGCGUUCUUCUCAGCUCUGCAGGGGACUCCUUCGCACAGUUCCGGUUUGCUGAGGAGAAAGAGUGGGAUGCCGAGGCUUCGUGUCCAAAGCAGAACUCAGCAUUUUAUGUGGACUGUGAGUCGUUGGUUCAAGCCCUUCAGGAACUGCCUCUCUCACUCCGCCUCAACGUUGCUGCUGAAUUGGUCCAGACUGCCCUUCCUUUAGAGCUUCCUCAGGUGAAACCAAAGAGAAAUGAUGAAGGCAAGGGAUUGGGCAUGCAGUUCAAAGGGCCACUGGGGCCUGGAGGAAAGGGGUCUGUGCCUGAGCUGAAAUCUGCGGCCGCAGGCUUCCCCAUGCACCUGGGUAAGGACAGCCCAAGUCCGGGCCCUGCACAGGGUUCCCAGAAACCCGCCUCGCCCCUGCCAUCAGCAGCGGACCACUUGGAGGAAGAAUUAGAUCUGCUGCUCAACUUAGAUGCACCUGUAAAAGCGGGAGAAGACCUCUUACCAGACCAGAUACCCCAGGCCCUGGAAUCCGAGAAAGAUGGGGAGGUGGUGGCCCAGGAAGAAAAAGUUCUUGUGAGACCGUGUGUGAUGGAAGAAAAGAACGUGGAAUCUGUGCAACCGAGCACAUCAAAAAACGUUACCGAGGAAGAACUUGAAGACUGGCUGGACAGCAUGAUUUCCUAACAAAAGAAGAGGAGGAGACAGAAAAAGGAAAAAAGUGCCUGAAGCUGAUUUUGGUCGCUCUGUAAGUGAGGGUGGGCCCAGGCUGUCCGUGAGGAACAGUGUGCCCAGGCCAGCGCACUCCGCCACCGCAGUGACACCUGCCUCUGACAACACCCGACACAUUUUUCUCUGGCUCAGUAACCUAAGACACUCAUCAAGGGCAGGUGAUGUUACAGUGCUUGUUUCCUGCCUUCUUCCUCUCACUAUUUAUCUAAUAACAGAGCAGGCUCUGCUGAAGGGACUGGAGCAAGCCACGAGGCGUGCAUUUGGCCAGAAUAAACAAAUGCUGUUCUGUGGA